GAGAGGAGGCGGUCAGAACCAUAUCUCCUUCUUCCCCCGGGGCGGGGCCGGGCCGGACCAGGCCGGCUGAGCCGGGGGAGGGCCGGCCUGUCUGCCGAGAUGGAUGACAGUAAGGUGGUUGGAGGUAAAGUGAAGAAGCCCGGCAAACGUGGUCGAAAGCCAGCCAAAAUUGACUUGAAGGCAAAACUCGAGAGGAGCCGGCAGAGUGCAAGAGAAUGCCGGGCCAGGAAAAAACUGCGGUAUCAGUAUUUGGAAGAAUUGGUAUCCAGCCGGGAAAGAGCCAUUUGUGCUCUUAGAGAGGAACUGGAAAUGUACAAGCAGUGGUGCAUGGCAAUGGACCAAGGUAAAAUCCCUUCUGAAAUAAAGGCCCUACUCACUGGAGAAGAGCAGAGCAAAUCUCAGCAGAACUCAAGCAGGCACAUGAAAGCUGGGAAGACAGACGCUAACAGCAACUCCUGGUGAAGAUCAUAUAAAAUGAUGAGUCAGUGACUGAAGCCAAUAUUCUGACCCUAUGGAGGAUGAAUAGGC